AUGGAGGGAGACAGCCUUCAAAACGACCCGCAGGCGUUUGACAUUGGGAAAAAAGGAUUUCUUAGCUAUGAGGAGUACAGGGGAUACUGCCUCAGUAUACUCAAGCAGCCCUUGGGAAGAAAAAAGGUAGGUGACAGAAUCGAAUACAACGACAUAAGAUUUGCAUCAUGCGAGGUAGAAAUCGAUGGGGUCUUCGACUUCUUUUCCUCCGGAGAAGACUGCAUCUCGCCCCAAACACUCAAGAAGGCGAUAUCUAAGCUUGAGAUGAACAUUUCAGAUGAAGACAUAGCAGUAAUGCUGGACAUGUUCAACUCAGACAAGCUGGUAUCGAGAGAAUCGUUCUCAAGACUGUUUGGAUAG